ACCCACGAUGGGGACAAGUUUCUCGCGGCUUGAAAUGAAGGGGUCCUGAAACCGACACUCGUUUGAUUUAAUCAGCCUCUCCUCUCCUAUUUUAAACUAGUUUAAUUAGACAAUGAAAAAGAUAGCCUCCUGGAUGACGAUUGUAUUUUCUGUGAGUCCUGAUCAAGCGAUACAAAUGUGCUGCAAUGGUGACAUAAACUAUUGACUGAGACUGGAAGAGUACCUGAAACACCGUCUUUUCUUCUCUUCUUUUAUUUUUUUAUGGUGCUUCUAUUGGAACAGUGUGAGGAAAGUAUGUACAACAUGAGUUUUAUCAUGAAGCUUCACAGACACUUUCAAAGGACAGUUAUUCUGCUUGCCACGUUUUGCAUGGUGAGCAUUGUUAUUUCUGCUUACUACCUGUAUAGUGGCUACAAACAGGAAAAUGAACUCUCUGAGAUGGCUUCAGAAGUGGACUGUGGGGACUUCCAACACCUCCCAUAUAGGCUGAUGAGAGUGAAGACAACGAAGCUCUCUGAUACCUUGAAGACAGACCCCACAGUCCUGGUGUUUGUGGAGAGCCAGUACUCAUCGCUUGGCCAAGACAUCAUUAUGAUUCUAGAAUCAAGUAGAUUCCAAUAUCAUAUUGAAAUUGCUCCUGGAAAGGGGGAUCUCCCAGCACUCAUAGAAAAAACUAAAGGCAAAUAUGUUCUCAUUAUUUAUGAGAAUAUUUUAAAGUAUGUAAAUAUGGACUCUUGGAAUCGAAGCCUCUUAGAUAAAUACUGCAUAGACUACGGUGUGGGUGUCAUUGGAUUCCACAGAACUAGUGAGAAGAGCCUACAGAGCUUUCAGUUGAAAAGUUUCCCUUUUUCCGUAUAUGGAAACCUCGCAGUAAAAGAUUGUUGUAUUAAUCCUCAUUCUCCAUUGCUUCAUGUGACCAAAGCUUCUAAGCUUGAGAAAGGUUCUUUACCUGGAACUGACUGGACAGUUUUUCAGAUUAAUCAGUCAGCCUACCAACCAGUAAUAUUUGCCAAAGUAAAGACCCCAGAAAACCUUUCUCCUCCCAUCUCUAAAGGUGCUUUCUAUGCCACUGUCAUACACGACCUGGGGCUUCAGGAUGGAAUUCAGCGAGUUCUUUUCGGCAACAAUUUGAACUUUUGGUUGCACAAGCUCAUCUUCAUAGAUGCUGUAUCCUUCUUGUCGGGCAAGAGGCUCACCUUGUCCUUGGACAGGUACAUUCUUGUGGAUAUUGACGAUAUCUUUGUGGGCAAGGAGGGGACAAGAAUGAACACGAAUGAUGUUAAGGCCCUGCUCGAUACUCAGAAUCUUUUGCGUGCACAAAUCACAAAUUUUACAUUCAACCUGGGAUUUUCAGGGAAAUUUUACCAUACAGGAACUGAAGAGGAAGAUGAAGGUGAUGACCAUCUUUUGGGGUCUGUCGAUGAGUUCUGGUGGUUCCCUCAUAUGUGGAGCCACAUGCAGCCCCACCUCUUCCACAAUGAGUCAUCUUUGGUGGAACAGAUGAUUCUCAACAAAAAAUUUGCCUUAGAACAUGGCAUUCCCACUGACAUGGGCUACGCCGUGGCCCCUCACCAUUCAGGCGUCUACCCUGUGCACGUUCAGCUUUACGAGGCCUGGAAGAAGGUCUGGAAUAUUAGAAUCACCAGCACUGAAGAAUAUCCACAUCUGAAGCCAGCUAGAUACCGGAGGGGCUUCAUCCACAAAAACAUCAUGGUUCUUCCAAGGCAAACCUGCGGGCUUUUCACGCACACAAUAUUCUACAAAGAAUAUCCAGGAGGUCCUAAGGAGCUGGACAAGAGUAUCCAAGGAGGUGAACUUUUCUUCACUGUGGUCCUCAACCCAAUCAGCAUUUUCAUGACCCAUUUGUCCAACUAUGGGAAUGACCGAUUGGGAUUAUAUACGUUUGUUAAUCUGGCCAACUUCGUGCAGAGCUGGACCAACUUGCGACUUCAGACUCUGCCUCCUGUGCAGCUGGCUCACAAGUAUUUUGAGCUCUUUCCUGAUCAAAAAGACCCUCUCUGGCAGAAUCCUUGUGAUGACAAACGCCACAGAGACAUUUGGUCUAAAGAAAAAACCUGUGAUCGCUUACCAAAAUUCUUGGUAAUAGGACCCCAGAAAACAGGAACCACUGCUCUGUAUUUGUUCCUGGUCAUGCAUCCCUCCAUCCUUAGUAACUCCCCCAGCCCCAAAACCUUUGAGGAGGUACAGUUCUUUAAUAGAAAUAACUACCACAGGGGGAUUGAUUGGUAUAUGGAUUUCUUCCCAGUCCCAUCUAAUGUCACCACUGACUUUCUGUUUGAGAAGAGUGCCAAUUACUUCCACUCAGAGGAAGCUCCUAAAAGAGCAGCUUCUCUGGUCCCCAAAGCCAAGAUCAUCACCAUUCUCAUUGACCCAUCGGACCGAGCAUAUUCCUGGUACCAGCAUCAGCGAUCACAUGAAGACCCCGCAGCUCUGAAGUUUAGCUUCUACGAUGUCAUCUCAGCCGGGCCCCGUGCACCCUCCGAGCUCAGAGCCUUGCAGAAGAGAUGUUUGGUCCCAGGGUGGUAUGCCAGCCACAUCGAGAGAUGGCUUGUGUAUUUCCCCCCGUUUCAGUUGCUAAUUAUCGACGGGCAACAGCUAAGAACUGAUCCUGCUACAGUGAUGGAUGAAGUACAGAAGUUUCUAGGAGUCUCUCCUCAUUAUAAUUAUUCAGAAGCUUUAACGUUUGAUUCUCAUAAAGGUUUUUGGUGUCAGUUACUGGAAGAAGGUAAAACAAAAUGCCUUGGAAAGAGCAAAGGAAGAAAAUACCCUCCAAUGGAUCCUGAUAGCAGAGCAUUUCUAUCGAGCUACUAUCGAGACCACAACGUGGACCUCUCAAAGCUGCUGCACAAGCUGGGGCAGCCGCUGCCGUCCUGGCUGAGACAGGAGCUGCAGAAGGUGAGAUAGCACCGUGAGGGAACUUUGGAGAAUCCAUCUUCCGCGAAACGCUCACCUUUCCCAAAGCUUCCGGAAGCUACCAAAAGGCUAUUUAAAAAUAUACCUCUUCCAAUGAGAAAAAGAACCAAGUCCCUUCCAUGUGCUGGCAUGUGGAUGAUCAGGAAAAAAGAAAAACUAUCUGUGACUUAACCUUGAGGCCUGUGGCCUUUCCCUUAACCCAUGUCUGAGCCUGUGGGAUUACUGUCGACUACUGUGCACUCGUGUGGAGGUCAAUAGCAACCAGUAUACAUAGCAAACACAAAUGCAGAACUGUUCCAUUCGUAGUACUAUUUACACUUUUAUAUAUCAACUAAGAUUGUGUCUCUGUAGAUUUUUAGAUCACUGUUUGCCUGUACAAUGUUUUCUCAUUCUUUGAUUCUAUGAAGUGUCCUACAAAACAACAAGCAAAAUAAACAUCGCAAUGUAGCAUAAAAUGCCAAAGGCAUAACACCCAUGAAAAAUGCUUGCCAAAAUAUAAAUC